UUUUCACUUGAAGAAGCGCUAAUAGACCACCUGCCUGCUCCAAGUCCAGAAGCUUAACGGGUUUAUUUCGCAUCCCUGUUGCCUUUAAAGUCACCAGAGAAACUUGCCUGAAAGAAAUGGAUCCAAGAAAAACCCCUGAUCCAAGUGGCAGGACCGGCUUCCAAAUGCUGGGUCGAGGAAGAGGUUUGCAGCCUGAGGAAAUGGGCAGGGGACGUAGUAGAGGGCUGCUACUUGCUCCAGAAGGGCCAGGAUUGGGACGAGCAAGGGGAUUCCUCUUUCCUAGUGCUGACCCUGUAAGAGGAGCAGAAUUCCAGGCAGGCAGAGGAGUGCUGGUGCAGCCUGAUGAGAGAGGGGUUGGCCAUGCCAGAGGCCAUCUGCUCCCAGGAGCUGAGCGGGUGGUUGGACUGAGCAGAGGUGCUGUCCUGCCUAGACUGGAGGAACAACAAGGGCAGAAACCUCCCCUAGAAACACCAUCAGUCCCAACAGAGGACACACCUGCUUCUCUGGGAAAAGAGGUGUCACCCUGUGGUGAAAGAUCAUCACUUCUCUCCAUGUUUAGAGGAAUGGGUGUGACUUCUUGGGGAAGAGGAACCCCAGCAGUGGGAAUAGGCGCAUCUGGAGAUGUUGGAGAUGUGGAACAAGGUGCCCCUUUUGAAACCAUCAGCCCCCUGGGCAGAGGAAGAAGUUUCUCUCUUCAGAUGAACGUAGGACUUGGAAGGGCAGCUCUCCCACAGCUUGGAGUGGGAAGAGGGCGAGCUUUGCUUCCCUCUUUGCCGCCAGGUCAGAUUAAGCCAAUUUCUUCGACAUCUCAUCCCGAAACGGCAGUUCCGACUCAGCUUCCUGCAUCAGUACCCAGAGGAGUUUAUCCAACUGCUCAAACGACUGAGGACUUGGCUGCACCUUCAAGUAGAGCCCAACCAAAGGAGCUGAUGAUGGAGGCAGUGAGUGAACAACUAAGAAAAGCUGGGACCAAAGGAUCUCCCAUAAAUAUUCGGUCGAACCACAUCAGAGUUUCAUGCAAGUAUGAAGCUGUGUAUCAGUACCACGUCACAUUCACGCCAAAUGUUGAAUCUAUGGCAAUGCGCUUCGGCAUGAUGAAGGAUCAUCGCUCAAUCACAGGAGAAGUGAUGGCUUUUGAUGGCUCCAUUCUCUACCUUCCAGUUAAACUGAAAGAAGAGGUUGUUCUCAAAAGCUUGAGACGGACUGAUAACGAGGAAAUACAAAUCAAAAUCAAGAUGACAAAGAUUCUGCCCCCGAGCUGCGAUCUCUGUCUCCCGUUCUACAAUGUGGUUUUCAGAAGGGUGAUGAAAGUCAUUGGGCUGAGGCAGGUGGCCCGAAAUCAUUAUGACCCAGAGAACGCCGUUGUUCUUGAAAAACAUCGGCUUCAAGUAUGGCCAGGGUAUGCUACUGCUAUUAAACACACAGAUGGAGGUCUGUACUUGUCUGUGGACGUGACUCACAAGGUGCUGCAAAACGACUCUGUGCUGGAUGUCAUGAGCACGCUGUACAAGCAGAGCAAGGAGAACUUCGAAGAUGUUUGUACCAAGGAACUAGUCGGGGCCAUUGUUAUCACACGCUACAACAAUCGCACUUACCGCAUUGACGCCAUUGAGUGGAAGAAGUCACCUAAGGACACUUUUACUCUGAUGGAUGGAACAAAAACCUCCUUCCUGGAAUACUACAGUAAGAACUAUGGGAUCACAAUCAAAGAGAUGAACCAGCCUUUACUCCUGCAUCGACCUAAGGAGAGGUCCAGGCCAGGAGGGAAGCAAAUCAUCACUGGGGAGAUCCUUUUGGUUCCGGAGCUCUCCUUCCUGACAGGAAUCCCAGAAAAGAUGAGGAAGGACUUCAAAGCCAUGAAAGAUCUAACCAUGCACAUCAAUGUAAGCAGUGACCAGUACGCCAAAGCAAUAGACAAACUUCUGAAGAACAUCAACUCUAAUGCUGAAAGUCUGAAGGAGCUCAGCCGAUGGGGCCUGGAGAUCUCCUCAGAAACCCUGAUGGUCCGUGGCAGAACUUUACCGUAUGAAAGCAUCUGUUUUCAGUCUUGCUCCUCUGCAACCGGAGCUGAUGUUUCCUGGUCCAGAGAGAUUGUGAGAGAGGCUUCCAUUAGCUCCAUCCCUUUGAACAUCUGGGCAGUCUUCUACCCCCAUCGCUUUGCAGACCAAGUUGAAGAGCUGGUUUCCAACCUUAAAAAGGUAGCUGGGCCUAUUGGGUUGCAGCUUGCACGUCCAAUCAAAGUGGAGCUGCGGGAUGACCGAACUGAGACAUACGUCAAAAGUAUCCACUCGCAGUACACCAGUGAGCCCAAGUUGCAGCUCGUUGUCUGCAUCAUGGCUGGCAACAGGGAUGACCUCUAUAGUGCCAUCAAGAAAGUGUGCUGUGUUAAAAGCCCCAUUCCUUCCCAGGUCAUUAAUAUCCGGACGAUAUCGCAACAGCAGAGGCUGAGGAGUAUCGCUCAGAAGAUUCUCCUCCAGGUGAACAGCAAGAUGGGAGGAGAACUAUGGACGGUUAACGUUCCUUUGAAAAACUUGAUGAUAGUGGGGGUUGAUGUCCAUCACGACACUAGCAAAUCACACCAGUCAGUCAUGGGAUUUGUUGCUAGUGUGAACAGUUCUCUGACUCGAUGGUACUCUAGAGUUAGCUUCCAAGCGCCCUCCCAGGAACUGAUCCAUGGCUUUACAGUCUGUCUGGUGGCUGCUCUGCAGAGAUACCACGAGAUAAAUCACACCCUGCCAGAGAAGAUAGUGGUGUAUCGGGACGGUGUGUCUGACAGCCAGCUGAAGUUGGUGGAGCAGUACGAGAUACCACAGGUGAUCAGAUGCUUCGAGACGUUCCCCGCCUACGAGCCCAAGCUGGUCUUCAUUGUGGUCCAGAAGCGCAUCAACACCACUCUGUACUCCUGUAAGGAAAGCGGCUUUUGCAGUGUUCCACCAGGAACUGUCCUGGAUCACACCCUCACUCAGAGAGACUGGGUGGACUUUUUCAUGAUGGCACAUCACGUACGUCAAGGUUGUGGACUUCCCACCCACUACAUCGCCGUCUACAACUCUGCAAACCUCACUCCUGAUCAUUUGCAGAGGCUUACAUUCAAGAUGUGCCAUCUGUACUGGAACUGGCCAGGCACCAUUCGUGUCCCAGCACCGUGCAAAUAUGCCCACAAACUGGCUUACCUUAGUGGCCAGUACCUUCACUCGGAACCCUCCCUCCAGUUGUCCGACAAGCUUUUUUUCCUCUGAACCAAUGCUUAACAGUAAAGUUUGUAUUUUUUUUCUUUUCUUAAAAAGUUAAAUAUUAGUUUGAAUG